AUGUACUAUUUAUCGGCAUUCAGUUACCGAGCUGAUAGGCCGUUAGCACCCCAGGGCGGUCAUAGGCCACCUGCCGAAGUUAGAGCAGCGGAGGAAAUUCAAUCUACGGGACCCGACGGGCAAGUUUGCUCAGAGCACAACCCGCUAAAAGCCCCCUCCUUCCAGAGCAAACAGUCCAUCGCAUCCUUCCUUUUCUCUUUCACCAACCGAUUUCUCAGAUUUUUCAUUUAA